UGAAGAUCGUCUCGUUCGUAUCCCUCUAGUGUUACGCCAAAAUGUUGGCAAGAAAGACCGUUGGGCAGAUUAUCGCGCUGCAUAUCAUUUCUGUGUUUUUAAUUAGCGGUAAAGCUGCCAAUUGUAUUAAUAAGACUGUCGAUUAUAAAGAAUUAUUGAAGGGUUCAUUAAAGGAUACUUUGCCGAAUAUACCUUUGGAAAAAUUUGGGAACAAAUACUACUACUUUGGAGCUAUAUAUCAGGGCAACUUUUUCCAAGCAAUGCAAUACUGUCACUAUCAUGGAAUGAACCCUUUGAGUGUCGAAAGUGUGGAAGAGAAUAACUUUUUGUGGGAAAAGCUGAAACCAUUCCUUGGUGCUGGGGAGUACCACUUUUGGACAUCGGGUACCACCUUAUCAGACGCUCACUGGGUUUGGUUGGCCACGGGAAGGCCCAUCAUAUACGCUAAUUGGUUCCCUACUCAACCCGACAACGCGGGAAACAACGAGAAAUGCUUAGAAGUGAGAUAUGUCCCCGCAAGUAAGACUAUGAUGUGGAAUGAUCACGUCUGUACUGUUCCGAAACAUGUUAUUUGUGAAUCCUCCCAGGCAAGCUGUGUUUCGAGCUGAAAAAGUACCUAGUAUACAAAAAAAUUAAAGCCAAGAAGGAUUUAAUUCAAGUAAUGACUGAUUUACACCCACUACAAAUUUUAUUGUAAGAACUUCCUACGCGUUGUUUAAGUUUAUUACCUACAUGUGUUUGUUCAUUACUAAAAUGUCAAAUAAAUUUUUUUUACUACUA